UGCGAGGCAAAAUGGUAGGGGUAUGAAGGAUGUUGUCUGACGUUGUUUUUCAAAUUGUAGAGUUACGGAAGAUUUACGUGUAUGUCUGGAAGAAAGCACUCAUCGUUGAAGAAUGGCGUGUAAUACGACUGCCAUAGAUACACAAAAUGCAUUGAACACAAGUUCCUCGAGUUUGGAUACCUGUCAGUUAGUCGAGGUAGAUUUCUGGGAUCAUGAAAACUGUAUCUUCCUUUUGAUAAAGGUUGGUAAGAAGUUUGGGAGGACAAGGAAAGGAUACACAAUUGGAUUUCCAAACUGUGCUUCACCAGGACAUCAACUGCAACAACAAUGAACUUCAGGUUAUGCGAAGAUGUAUUGAACAGAGGAUAGAAGAGUUGAAGCAAGUACCCCAGAAGAUCAUUGAUACAAGAACAUUUACGAGACCUAAGAAGCGUGUCAGCCGUCCUGCUCUGGAGACGAUGUUGGAAGUACCAAUUAUGGAAAACCGCCAAUUAUUAUCAUCUCCUUGGUUUGCAAAGAACAAUCUGUUGUCUUUGCGAGACAACAUAGAUGAUGUCACUAUAUCAUUUUCAUCUGACGCUGACAUUACAAAUAAAACUCUGUGUAAAAGUGUUUCUCCAAGCAUAAAUUCAUCUCCUCAUAUAUCUGGUGUGCAGACGAAGUUCGAAGUACCAGCAAUGGAAAAUCGGCAAUUAUUUUCAUCUCCUUGGUUUACAAAGAAGAACCUACAGUCUUUGGGAGAUAAUAUAGAAGACGUAUCUAUAACAUUUACAUCUUUGACAUCUGAACCUGAUAUUUUAAAUCAAACUUUCUGUAAAAAUGAUUCACCCAGCAUAAAUUCAUCAUUUCGACACAUAUCUGGUAUAAAGGGUGAUGAAAAAAAGAACAAUUCGGGUUUUCAUUUCACUACAGAAAACUUACUGUUCAAUACAACUUUGAAUAACAAAUGUUCUGCUGGUCAGACAAAUCAUAAACCCAAGGAGCAAGGAAAUAUCAAUGCAACAGACUUACCAACUCAGGACACAGGAUUCCCCUAUGCGACUAUGUGUAUUGAUCGGGAUACUGCAAAUAAUUCUGAAAUAUGAACAGUACAUUCUCAGUUGUGGACGGGACUGUGACUCGUAGCAUUAGUCGACAUAGUGGUCGUACUGCUUCGUGUGAGAGUGGAUUGGAUGAAGAUCAGCUCAGCAGUGCUUCUGACAGCAGUUACUCUUCUGCUAGCAAGCCCAUGAAUGUGGGUGAUGUCCAGAUAAUAGCGCACAUCCAGGAAGAAAGUCUGAAACAAGCAAAUUCGACUCCUGUGAGAGGAUAUGUAAAUGACCCAUUUUCCAAUUCGGGAGAUGAGCUACCUUCACCAAUUGUGCCUGGUAACUGUCCAGAUACAAACCAUGGAUACCAGUCAGAUCACUCAGAUCAUUCCUCAGGUGAUAGCCGUGCCAAAAGUUCUCGAAGUUCUGUUCGGUCAAGCUGUAGUAGCAGUCCCUAUGGCUCAACAAAUUUGCUCAGUAAUAUGAAUGACAAUGUCACAUAUCAGCAUCCAGUUGCUUUGCAGAGUAGAGUAUCGACAAGUGUUCCAUCAGCUCAGCAUCACGCCAUACAAAGACCAACUGUACCAGUUUUGAGACAACCAGAAAACGUAAGACCUCGGCCAUCGUCUAGUUUGCGACCUCCUUCCAUUCGACCUCCUAGGAUAAACACAAUCCCACCACAGGGAAGACCUUCUAGUGGCAUUCCUCGACCUCCUUCACGAUUGCCUUCAAGGUUGCCUGCUCCUAAAAUCAGGUCAUCAAAUGCUGGGCAGCCACCCAGCAAAACAAAUAAAAUGCCUGGUUAUUACUAAUUUAGAUGACAUUUUAAUAAUACCAUAGUGCCUCAAAUACACUUUUUUAUGAAAGACAUGAUAAACAUUGACUGGUUUUAAUAAAUUUAACAUUUUGUUAUAUGUGAUGAAGCUAUGUGGAAUUCUUCAGUUAAGAAGUUCACCAGAGAUGUUACACCUCACUUAAUGGAAAUAAGAAACAGUUCAUUUAAUACAUGAUUUCAGUAUUUACUUUUUUGUUCAGAGGUAACUGCUUUUGUUAAAAAAGACAUUACAUCUUGAAUACUAAUGUGUUUUUCAUUUACGUAUUAAUGUUUACCAAUAAUUGUAGACUGAAGUGGUUCUGGUGCUUGCUUUAAAAGUUGCAUAGUCUAGUUAAUUAUUCCACUUGUUAGAUGUUGAAAGACUGACCUGUUAAUGGCUUCGGUGAAUCAGUGCAUUGUCAUCCCUUCAUUAAAUUCUUCAUAAAACUGCAGUAUUAUGUGGUCUGUCACGUAAGAAAAGAGCUGAGUUUUACGAAGAUGUGCACAUCUGUUUUUAAAAAGUUACUAUUUUGUACUUUAGAGAAAAAAUGGAAGUUGAUAGCAGGCAUUUUUCAUAUCCUUCUGUUUUAAGGAGUAGAUUUUGAAAUGCAAGAAAUGAGUAUUGUUUUUGUAUCAAAAGAUUUUGUAAACAAAAAGUUGUAUAUAUUUAUAAAUUUAUGAAAAGAAAUCAGCAACAAUUGAUACAAUAAACUUUUUUU